AAUAUCAUAAGGAAUGCAACUGACACGCCAUAAAAAUAGAGGUUAAUAAGAAAAGUCAAUUCCGUAAAGAUACUGAAGUGCUUAGAAAUACAUCCAGUAUUCGUAAUAUUACAUCAGAAGCCGCCAGGACAUUUGUACAGAUGUACUUUAAAAGAAAUUUUAUUUCAUAAAACCUUCAUGUUACCCUUGCCACGUGAAACAACUGUUCGGUGCAGCUCAUACCGUGCUCUCCUUGGUUGUGGGGGAGUUUCGCGUUGACCCAUUACCACAGAUUGGCAGAGGGCCUGUUGCCAGAGGGAAGGAUACUUAAAUGUAUCUUGCUGGUGAUGCUCCAUUUCCAACGGCAAGGCCAAACCCGACAGGCUGUGAGAUACAGGAUGUAAAAGAUGUCCUUCUACUAUGGAACGGUAUCCAUUUUCCUUGAGAUACUUUGUCUCUGGUAUGUUAGUUGCAUUUUUUCUAACAUUUUACUUAUAUCAAAAGACAUUCAAAAAAAUUAAAACAUACCCGAUGGAGACUAAAAGAAACAAAAAUUACUUAAUAGACGAUGGACCUCCACCAAAUAGAUUAGCAAGCUCAUCUAACUACGACAUGUCAAAGUGCCGAAAUUUGAAGAGAAAAAACAUAACUUGUGGACCUUUGAUACGAGGAGAGGAGAACGCAGUAAGGUUAAGCAAAACAACGAAGUUUUCUGACCCAGUCCUACCCUGUAUGAUUCUGAAUCUGGUCAAGGACUGUACAUCUCUUUUAGAUCUCCAUGGAUACAUCACACAGUCCUUGUCACCGGAGGAACUCGAUUUUCCUCUUGCUUUUACCAUAAAAAUGCACACCAACGCAGACCAAGGUGAGCAGUUACUGAGAACAAUUUACAGACCUCAUAAUGUGUACUGUAUCUACGUGGACAGGAAGGCAAUCAAACAAUUUUUUAACAUAAUGCAGGAAUUGGGUAGAUGUUUUGACAAUGUGUUUGUUGUGGAAGGCAGAAAAAGAGUGACGUACGCUAGCAUUGAUUUAGUACAUGCGGAGUUAGAAUGUAUGAGGGUACUGAUGCGGUCAAAGGUCAAAUGGAAAUAUUAUAUCAACCUUACUGGACAAGAGUUUCCUUUAAAAACAAAUUUAGAAAUAGUGCAGAUAUUAAAAACUUUAACCGGAGCAAAUGAUAUUGAAAGUUAUGACUUUCCUCUUGGUUUGCAAUAUAGAUUCAAGUAUAAAUAUGUAAAAGUUCGAAAUAAAAUGAUACAAACGAACACCACUCAUCCCUCUUUCCGCUACCCAAUAAAAAUCAGGAAAGGCAGUGCAUACGCUAUGUUGUCAUACGACUUUGUGAAUUACAUUUUAUUUGAUGAUAUAUCCGAGGAGUUUAUUGAAUGGUUAUCUGAUACGUAUUCCCCUGAAGAAACAUUAUUUGCAACGUUAAAUAGUUUACCAUGGGCUCCAGGUGGGUACUACAUCAUGACGUCAGAAGACAACAAUACAUUCCUGUCACGUGCCAUUAAAUGGCAGAUGCGGCGGUCGGACUGCGGUGGCCAGUGGGUGAGGUCAGUCUGUGUGUACGGUCCCUCGGAUCUGCCGUGGCUUCUCCAGCAACCACAAGUUAUCGCUAACAAGUUUGAUAUUCGCGUGGACACUACUUCUGUAGACUGCAUAGAGGAAGUAAUUAGAUAUAGGACUUAUCAUCCAAAUACCGCUGAUAUGAACUGGAACUAUUACAAGAACCUCCCACACGUAAAAUUAUAUAAGAACCUUACUCAAAACAUUGGAACUCUGCAAUAUUCUGAAUAUUUAUUACGUAAAAAAUCAGAAUGGAAAAGCAAACUUGGACAUGUUUUGUAAUGGCAAUAGCUCUAUUACGUAAGUUAAUUGAGUGAUUGACGAUGCUUUCAGCUUGUUUUGUUUCUUUGUUGCUUCAAAAGUAAACACAAUACUUGUUUUUAUAUAUCUAGUCACUUUUAAUUGUUCUGAGACAUUUCAAGUUAUUACGCCAAGAAUGAUGUAUUGUUGAAUUUAUAUUUACCGUCAGAAUUAUUCAUCAAAAUAUUUUUGACAAAAAUUGAUGAAUUUACCAAACCAAAUAUUAUAAAACAAAUUAAAAUAAAAUGUUUUUGUCCUGAGUAGA